ACGCACUAAUAUCCUGCCACGUGUCAAUUGACAGCUGUAUCCCUCCUUCUUCAACCGCCUACUUCAUAACCAUAACGCCUUCUCACCUGUUCAAAACUUCCACCGCCUAUUCCGGUUACCCACCAUCCCUUUAUAAACCAACCCUCACCAUUCUCUUCCUGUUCAUCUUUUACCAAUGGAUUCUUCCGAUCGGAUCAAAGGUCCAUGGAGCAGUGAGGAAGAUGAACUCUUAGCUCGCUUAGUGGAUCGACACGGUGCACGCAACUGGACGCUCAUUAGCAAGUCCAUUCCAGGUAGAUCUGGCAAAUCCUGCCGCUUGCGGUGGUGCAACCAGCUCUCGCCGGAGGUGGAGCACCGCUCCUUCACGGCGGAGGAAGAUAAGGUUAUCGUGGAGGCGCACGCGCGGUUUGGUAACCGCUGGGCGACUAUCGCGCGCUUGCUUAACGGCCGUACGGAUAACGCCGUGAAAAACCACUGGAACUCGACGCUGAAGCGGAAGUGUGCUGUGGUGGUUGACGCCGGAGAUGAGAGGCCGGCGAGUGUGCCGCGGCGGUCGGAGAACGAUGUAACGGUUACUAUGUCUGGCUCUCCGUCUGGAUCUGACGUGUGCGAUUCCGGCAACAAUAAUAACAACAACCACAACGGUUCGGUCCAGAUUCCGAUCGUCGGAACGGAUCAUGCAACGCCGCCGUCGACGGCGUUAACGCUGUCGUUACCUGGAACGAGUUCGUACGGUUACGAGCUUCGUGAGGAAGAAGCAAACGCGAAGGUUAAUGCGACGUCGUUUGGUGCGGAUAUUAUUUCGUUGAUGCAAGAGAUGAUAAGGAAAGAGGUGAGGAAAUACAUGGAGAAUGAAGAAGGUUUGAUGCAGAUGUGAUGAAUUAUUAAUUAAUUAAUUAAUUUAAAAAGAAAUGUGAUUGUACAGAAGUAGCAAUGAAGGGUUGAGGAUUAGAUGAUUACAGUUUUGAAUAUCAGAGGAUAAAGAAUUAUUCCGUUUUUAGUUUUUGAAAUAUUAAAAAACCGAUCCGUUUGUUCAUUGAGAUCUAAA